AUGGCAGAAGUCGAUUGGAUUGAUCAGGCAAGAUGUCCUUCUUCGGCGCAAUGGGUUGUUCCACCUCAUGCCACCCGUCCUCUCCGGCAUUCUCAGCAUCUACGGCCUUGUCGUCAGCGUGAUCAUAUCUACACAACUAGACGAGAAAUCAGCCUUACACACAAAUUUCUUGUAUCUGGCUGCAGGAUUUACGACGGGUCUUUGUGGACUGGCGGCUGGAUUUUGCAUUGGGAUUGUAGGGGAUGCUGGGGUCAGAGGGACGGCUCAGCAGCCGAGAUUAUAUAUAGGCAUGAUGCUGAUGCUUAUCUUUGCGGAGGUUCUGGGAAUCUAUGGAAUUGUAGUUGGGAUCAUGUUGGUCAGCCAAGCGCAGGUCAAUGUUACUAA